GGAAUUGCCACACCUGACUUUGCCUCAAAAAUGAGUGUACAGUUCUGCAGUUAACCUAUUUUAUGUAUGUAGGAUUUUUUUUUUUUUUUUUUGGCAGAGGAGUUGGUAAUGAGUCAGGCAUUUAAGACUCAUUUCUCCUGCUGUCAAACCAAGAAGGAACUUAAAUGGUUAUAUUCAGACAAGAGAAGGAAGGAAAAGAAAGAAGGCUUAAGACCUUUAAGAUUCCAAGAAUGUAACAAGAAAAUAAAUUUCCAGAGCAUCAGUUGAAAGGUCACUUUCAAGGACUCCCAUUAAUCCUUUGCUAUCUGUUUGAUGGUGUCAGUCACCUCAUCUCUUUCCUAAAACAUGAUCCAUAAAUUCAGAGUUUAGGAGCCCAGCUAACUGAGAAAUAUAAAGCACAUGACAUAUUAAACAUUUUUAACUCAGAAAGAUCUCUUCUGCAGCAUCCUGUUCUCCGUCGAUAUGCAGAUCUGCUCAUGUCAGCAUGUGGGGGAGAUAAGAAUAUCAGAAGCCAGUGCCUGCUAUUUGUAUAGAAGAAAAUCCUUCACAGUGGGAGCUCAACAAUUAUCCUAGCCUGGCUUCCACAUGAAAACCAUAGUAACACUCCCACCUGCUUUCACCAAAACCAAAUUAGGGUAUUACUGCCUGAAUUUGAAAGUUCCUGUGAAGAACGUUAAUGUAAUAGGAAAAAAAUUAGUUAAAUUUUAAAAUAUUUUGGUCUGUCCAGAGAAUGAAUGCUGUACGGCAAAAAACUAUUCUGGAUUAAAAGCGGGUAUUAAAAAUUCUUCUUUUAAAGAGUCAAUAAGACUCUCCUAAAGGCUAAUCUCCAGUAAGCUUGGCAACCAGAAAGAACUGUACUAUUUUAGUAAGGCUACUAACGUAAUGUUAUGUUGUCAAACUACAUAACUGAGUACCUAGUAAUUUGUUUCAGCUUAGAGGAAAACACUUUUCCUUUACAAGAAAGGGGCAAGAAACGUCAGCUGACUGCUGUUGCAAAGGGCUGCCUUUAAAAAGAAGGCAACAUGGCAACUACAGAUGCUGCCAACUUUUAUUAUAACUUCUCCAUCAUUGAUCCCAACGAAAAUGGAAGUGAGAAUUUUCACACAUUUACAAGAGUCUUCCUGCCCUGUAUGUAUUCGGCUGUUUUCAUCCUUGGGCUAGCAGGAAAUGCACUUGUCUUUGUCAUACUAGCUUUCUAUGAGAAACAGAAGAUGCUAACAGAUAUAUUUUUGCUGAACUUGGCUAUAGCUGACUGGGUCUUCCUUUGGACGCUGCCAUUCUGGGCAUAUUCUGCUGCUCAGGAGUGGACUUUUGGCACCAUGGCAUGUCGUAUUAUACGAGGCUUGUAUACUCUGAACUUUUACACUUCAAUGCUAACUCUAACAUCUAUCACCUUUGACCGGCUUAUUGCUAUUACUUUUGCGACCAAAGCACGUAUGUGUCAAACCAAACGAAUGACAUGGGGCAAAUUAAUCUGUGUCUUGAUCUGGGUGAUCUCACUAGCAUUUGCUGCACCACAGUUUAUUUUUAGUGAGGUGUUUAGUAUUGAUAAGACAAUAUGCCAGGAAGAAUACCCAAACCAUCACACAGAAAUGGUUCUUGAAGUGAUCCAAGUGACCCUUGGCUAUUUUAUUCCCAUGCUAGCCAUGAUCAUCUGCUACUCACUAAUUAUUAGAACCUUACUGCAUGCCAGGAGUUUUCAAAAGAACAAAUCUCUAAAGAAAAUAUUUUCUGUAGUUGCUAUAUUUAUUCUUACUCAGUCACCCUACACUUUCUUGAGACUGAUAAAGAUCAUAGACUGGAGCUUUAACCUGAACAGCAGCUUUGAAUAUGCAAUCAUUAUAACAGAAGCUCUUGCUUAUUUCCACGGCUGUCUUAAUCCUGUUCUGUAUUUCUUCAUGGGGGUGAAAUUCAGGAGGAACUUACAGAAAAUUAUUAAAAAUUCAAGAUGCGUCAAACGGCAAAUUAUAGCUAAACAGCGGCAAACCACUGAAGAAGAAGGCUCUAAAACUUUUACUGCCUCAAAUAAUGCAGAUGCAACAAGCAUGUACCAGCUAUAAAACUGCCUAGAAAAUCUGGCAACUAUUUACAGCUUGCUUUUUUUUCUUUUUUUUUGUAAAUACUGAGAUAGGUAGCUCGCAUGAAAGAGAAAAUACAAUCCCAUUAGUAAAGACAUCUUAAUCAUGAUACUUCAGUGUUUCCUGCUUUUCCUGGUCAGAGCUGAUUCUAAGACAAAGCUGGUAAUUGAGUUAACUGUGCAGAAGAUCUUAAAAAGGUAUAAGAAACAAUGAGAUAAAACUUAGUUCUUCAUGACAACGCUAACUUGGACUUCAUGGCUCCAGAGGGGCUGAAGACAUUCACCAAACCUCUGGCCUGCUGGUUUUCCAUGAAAGGUGUUUGUUAACCAAAGACUUUAUAAGUUUUGUUUCAAAGAUAUUACAAAUUUUAGUUCAGGUCAUUCAUUUCAUGAGAAUUCCUGGAUUAAAGACGUACAUGUUUCAAUCUUCAUGCUGGGUUUCAUGUGUGGUUGGGGUUUUUUUUAUAUUUUUCCACUUGGGAGAAGGUCUCCUUGCACACUCCUUUAGCGUUCAUCUAAAAUUUCUGUAAUAAAGCACUAUUUUCAUCUGC